UGGUUGAUUGAUUUUUGGAAGAAGAAGAAAAAGACGAAAGAAUAAAUGUAUAAUUUUUCAUAUAAUUCUUCAGCAAGCACAUAAUUGAUCUAAAGUGUCAGAAAAACAACAGAUUUGUAUUUAAAAAAUGUUUUUGAACUUUCUAUUCAUCAAAGUACAUUAAAACAAUAUACAUCACUGUUUUUUCAGAAAAUAUGAAGUACAUUAAAUAUAUGUUAUUAUUAAUAUAAUUUCUGCAUUUCUGAAGAAUCACAUGACACUAUGGCUUUUGAAAAUUCAGGCCAAAACAUUAAUAAAUUACAUACAUGUUAUAAAUUACAAAUGAUUGCAAACGGUAACUUUAAAAUGUAGUAUUAUUUCACCCUAUACCCCUGUUUGGUUUACUGGUUUGAUUGGCAAAUGAGCUCUCUUUUGGUUUGUAGAAGAUGGAAUGGGCCAUGAUCCAAAAAGUAAACAUCUCAAGAAUAGCUCAUCACGCAGUUCUGUAUCUUUUCACAUUUCACUAUAAACACUUCGGAGUAAUUUAUAGUCAGGAAAACAUCUCAAGCCUGGCCUCAUUACUGACAGGUCUUCACCUCCUGUUUGUGCAAGGAGCAACUCUUUUUCUUCUCUCUCUCUCUCUCUUCCUCCGUCUCUCUAUCUGGAUUCUGUAAGCAUAAAUGAAAGCAUGGUUGACAGCAUUGUGAUUGUUGCUUUGACUGAUUGUUGUGCCGCUGACAGAUUGAGAGUCAAAACAAUUACAAACUGACACAUCUGUCUGUUCACGUGCUUUGACUGACAUGAGUUCAUGAGAUGCAUCACGCAUUGAAAUUCACUCCAAAGGACAGAGCUCCCAAAAACCUAAAAAAAAUCCACAGCAGAAGUUCUACCACAUGUGUAAAUGCUCUUUGUGAUAAUCCAAAGGCCCUAAUUGGCUUUAGGAUUACAACGUGCCCUGUGAUUUGAGAUUCCACGCUGUACCUUGAUGUAAAAACAUCAGUGCAGAGGACAAACGAAGCAAAUAUGUCUCCUGUAGACAUGAAUGGAUACUGGAAAAUGACCAGUAAUGAAAACUUUGAUGAAUACAUGGAAGCACUAGAUGUGAAUGUUGUCAUCAGAAAAAUUGCCAGCUAUCUCAUCUUUGAUAAGGAGAUUGUUCAGAAUGGUGAUCAUUUUAAUAUCAAGACUCUCACCACCUUUAGGAACUACCAUAUGGAGUUUGAUGUUGGAAAGGAGUUUGAGGAGGAUUUGGUUGGUGUAGAUGAUAGGAAAUGUAUGACCACUAUAAACUGGGAUGGAGACAAACUGGUGUGUGUACAGAAAGGAGAAAAGGAGGGAAGGGGCUGGACUCAGUGGGUAAAAGGGGAUGAGUUACAUGUGGAAAUGCGAGUCUGUGGAGUGGUGUGUAAACAGGUUUUUAAGAAACAAGUUCUCGACUGAUGUGCCUUGAACCACAAGUACUCUAAAGUGAAAAAGUGAACAUUUCUGCCUAUUAACAACAGUAAUGCUGUGUUAAAUAGCCAUUUGUAAGUGUAGCUAUUAUGUAUUUUUCAUUGUAAACUAUUUAUGGUGAAAGAAAAUAAAAUGUGAACACAAAGA